AGGCCCCUGGGUUCCACGAGAUGACCUUCCAGUCCAUCAACAAGUGCGAUAUCGACGUGCGUCGCGACCUGUACGGGAACAUUGUGCUUUCCGGCGGGUCCACCAUGUUCAAGAACCUUCCUGAGCGCCUUGGGAAGGAGAUCAGUAACCUUGCGCCCUCUUCGAUCAAGCCGAAGGUGGUUGCACCGCCGGAGCGGAAGUACAGUGUGUGGAUUGGCGGCUCCAUCCUUUCCUCCCUCACCACCUUCCAGACCAUGUGGAUCAAGAAGAGUGAGUACGACGAGGCCGGUCCGAGCAUUGUGCACAACAAAUGCUUUUAA